GUGACGUCAUAAGGCUGCGCCGCGCUCCUGUCUCUGUUGUGAUUCUGCUGCAGAAAGGACAAAGUAACCAAACACAGGCAAAAGUGAGUGAGAUCCACAUGACACACUUUUAUAAAGAUGGAGUUUAUUAAAGAGGAGAGUGAAGACGUGAAGAUUGAAGAAGCAUUCAGAGUCAAACACGAAGAUACUGAGACACAAACAGACCUGAUGCUGCUGAAAGAAGAGAAUGAAGUACUAAAAGAAAUGGAAGAGGAAACCCAGUAUGAGCGAGAUCUUGAUUUCAUAACUGGAGAAAAAUCUUUUAUGUGCUCACAGGCUCAAAAGUCCCCAAAAAAGGUUUCUUCCCGAAAUAAAGCCCAAAAUACAGACACUAGACGUUAUUUCACCUGUCAACAGUGUGGGAAAAGUUUCAGUAGAAAAGAAAGCUUUAAAGUCCACAUGAGAACUCACACUGGAGAGAAACCUUACUGCUGUCAACAGUGUGGAAAGAGUUUCUCUCAAAAAGUAAGCCUUCUAGUUCAUAUGGGAGUUCACACUGGAGCGUCUCCUUUCACCUGCCAACAGUGUGGAAACAGCUUCACUCAGAAAGGAAGCCUUAAAGUCCACAUGAGGAUUCACACCGGAGAGAGCUCUUUCACCUGCCAACAGUGUGGGAAAAGAUUCAUUCGAAAAGGAGGUCUUAAAAGCCACAUGGGUGUUCACACUGGAGAGAAGCCCUACACCUGCAAACUGUGUGGAAAGAGUUUCACACACAAAAAAUCUCUCAAUUCCCAUAUAAAAAUUCACACCGGAGAGAGCUCUUUCAUUUGCAAUCUGUGUGAGAAGAGCUUCUCGCGAAAAGAAAGUCUUAAGAAACACAUGAACAUUCACACUGGAGAGAAGCCGUUCGUAUGUUAUCAGUGUGGAAGAAGUUUCACACAAAAACCAACUCUUAGUACCCACGUGAGAGGUCACACUGGAGAGAAGCCUUAUACCUGCAAUCUGUGUGGAAAGAGCUUCUCACAAAAAGGAAAUCUUACCAUUCAUAGGAGAAUUCACACGGGAGAAAAGCCUUUUGUUUGUGUUCAGUGCGGCAAGAGUUACAGAAGUAAAGUAAACCUUAUUUGCCACAUGAAGAAUCACUCGCGAAAACUGUUCUAAAUUUCAUC